ACCGCAUCGCUGUCCCUGUGUGACGCACAUGCGCGUGUUGCACGUCUGGAAGCCAGUCCUGCCCUUUGAGUCUGGUUCCCAGAAAAUGGAGCCCACAUCCGUGUAAACUGCAAAGAGCGACACUUCACUCUUCCUGUCGUGACUCAGAACAACAGCUCCUGCAAUCUGAAGCAGAGACUCAAUUUCGGUGUGCCUGCCGUAGCUGCAACCAGCUUCCCUGUGGGAUCACAGUGGCCGUGGAAGGCAGGGGGACACCAGGUCUCAUCCCCAGGAUGGCUGUGUAUCAGAAGCAGGAGGGGAGCUGGACUGUGAAGCAGGAGCCAGGAAGCCAGACCUGGGGACAGAGCUGCGGUCCCCAGAAGAACUCUCCGCCGGUCUGUGAAAUCUUCCGGCUGCACUUCAGGCAGCUAUGCUACCACGAGAUGUCUGGGCCCAAGGAGGCGCUGAGCCGGCUCCGGGAGCUCUGCCACUGGUGGCUGAUGCCAGAGGUCCACACCAAGGAGCAGAUCCUGGAGCUGCUGGUCCUGGAGCAGUUCCUGAGCAUCCUGCCCAGGGAGCUCCAGACGUGGGUGCAGCUCCGCCACCCCGAAACGGGCGAGGAGGCUGUGGCUGUGGUGGAGGAUUUCCACAGACACCUUAGUGGGUCAGGGGAGGUGUUACCUCCAGCACAAGAACAGGAUCUGCAUUUAAAGAAGACAGAAUCUCUGAGUGCAGGAGAACAGUCUUCUGCCUCAGCCUCCAGUCACGGCUCAGCCCCUGAAGCCUACUUGGACCCUCCGUACGACUCAAGAGCAUACCGCCUCCCUCGUGGACACUUUGGUCCUGCUUUUCCUGAGGUGGAGAACACCAGAGCCCGGGUUACUGUGGGGAACUCCACAGCAGCCGCUGUGUUUGGGAUGGUCAGACCCCAGGAGAGUACAGCGGAUAAGGACUGUAUGCGGAGAAAGUGUACAAGCCCGGCACUCAGGCAGAAUGCCCUGAACCAGAGCACGAUGGAGAAAAAUGAGCACAGUGUGGCCUUACUGGCAACAGGUAAGAACAGGAUGGAAAGUUCUGAGUGCACGUCCAAGCGUCGUGUUUCUAAACGGUCAGAUUCACCUGGCACAUCCUCAGGGGGACUCGUUGCAGCAGCCUUGGUAGAACCAGAGUCUGGAGCUAUCUGUGAAGAUCCUUUGGUGCAGGUGGAAGGGCGUGAACGAGAAAGCGAUUUCUUGGGAAAGAAAGAUAAGAAAAAUUCCACAGAAGACAGAAACGAAGAAUGUAGAGAUGUGGGGGAGCAUGUAGAUCCUCCCUCCAGUUCUGCUGAGAUUCCGAGAGAGGCAAAGAGACAAAAGCUCUGUCAGUGUGAUGAAAGUGACAAAGUUUUCAGCCAGAGUUCACACCUCUUUGGAUACCAGAGAAUCCGCAAUGGAGAGAAACCCCAUGAAUGUAGUGAGUGCGGGAAGAAUUAUCAUCACAGUUCCCAUCUUAGGCAGCACCAGAGACCUCACCAUGGCGAGAGGCCUUAUAAAUGCAAUGGAUGUGCAGAAGCUUUCCCUCAGAGUUCCCCGCUCGUUGACCACCAGAGAACCCACACCGAGGAGAAACGUUAUGAGUGCAAUGAGUGUGGCGAGGCCUUCAUUCAGAGUAGAAGUCUUACCCAACAUCAGGUCCUUCACACUGGGAAGAAGCACCAUGAGUGUGACGAGUGUGGGAAAUCCUUCUGUGCUAGCAGGAAUCUUAUUGACCACCAGAGAACCCACACUGGGGAGAAGCCUUAUGGAUGUAUUGAGUGUGGCAAGGCCUUCAGUCGGAGUAAAUGUCUUACUCGACACCAGAGUCUCCACACUGGGGAGAAAUCAUACGCAUGUAGGGAAUGUGGGAAAGCCUUCAGUCUGAGCUCUCAGCUCAUUGACCACGAGCGAACUCAUACUGGAGAAAAACCUUUUGAAUGUAGUGAGUGUGGCAAGAAAUUCAGUUUAAGUAAAUGCCUGAUUCGGCACCAAAGACUUCACACUGGAGAAAAGCCCUAUAAAUGCAGCGAGUGUGGGAAAUCCUUCAGUCAAAACUCUCACCUCAUUAUCCACCAGAGGGUUCACACCGGCGAGAAACCUUAUGAGUGUAGCGAGUGUGGGAAGGUCUUCAGUUACAGCUCCAGCCUUAUGGUUCAUCAAAGAACCCAUACUGGCGAGAAGCCCUAUAAAUGCAAAGAUUGCACGAAGGCCUUUAGUGACAGCUCACAGCUUAUUGUGCACCAGCGGGUUCACACUGGCGAGAAGCCUUACGAAUGCACCGAAUGUGGGAAAGCCUUCAGUCAGCGCUCCACUUUUAAUCACCAUCAGCGAACUCACAGCGUGGAGAAGCCCUCAGGGCUGCUUCAGACCCCAUCCAAAGGCAUGGCUACCUAAGAUAGCCUACACAUUUGUCUUUUUAAAUUACUCCAAUAUAUAGAUAGCUGAACCAUCUCUCCAGCCUUCACAUUUGCUUUUCUAAAUUAGUCCAAUAUCUAGAUACCAUCCUAUCAUUUAAGUUCCCACCUAGAUUUUUUCCCUCUGACUUGUUAAUUUACUUAUGUUUGUGUGUGAUUGUAUGCGUAAGUGCAGUGCUUUUCGAGGACAGAAGAGGGCAUCGAUCCCUUAGAACUGGUGACUGUGAAGUGACUGACUUGGGUGCUGGGAAUUGAACUUGGGUCCUCUGCAAGAACAGUCUGUAUUCUUAAUCACUGAGCCAUCUCUCCAGCCCCUGGACUUUUUUUUUUCUUACAUGCUUUCCCUCUUAAACUUCUGUCGAUCUGAUCUCAACAUGCUUUGAGUUAGUUGGUGCUAUAUAGUAUAACUGUUAAAUUUCCUUGUAUUUAUAUACUUUCAUACUAACAUGUAGGCUCUAUAUUUUUCAUGUAUAGUUAAUUAUACUAAUUGCUAAAUAAAUGAUUUUAAAAUCUC